AUGGGUGAAACCAAAGAAAUCGAAAGAUCAGUGCAGAUGCGCCUAUAUGCUUUACACAAACGGCAGUUUGUCGCCGUAUUUGUACUGUUCUUUAUUUGUUUGUUCGUUGCCAUUCUCAUCGGCAUUAUUGGUCCAUCGGUCAUUCAAACAACAGUCUAUAAAUCUGAAACGCCGACCAAAGCAUUAUCGACACCAUACGAAUUGCAAUCGGACUAUCUCGAUAAAUUCCAUCAACGUCUUUGGUUAACGAUGAAAUCAUCAACUGAUAUAAGUGAAGAGUUUCGUAAAACGAUUAACGUUAGUAUAUCAGUGAAUGAUCCAUCAACGAAUGCUCAAGUGUAUGUUCGUCCACGAACAAUUCAUUGUCAAAGACAGUUUCUAGAGAAGGAUGUUCAUGGUCGUAAGCUCAUUACUGAUAUAAAUACACGGGUUUCUUAUCAAUCAGAUUCACAUUCAGGUGAUAGUCUCUUGCCAAUACGGUAUACCCAACUCUUAAAGUUUCAGAAAUAG